AUGAAGGUCGCAUGGACUCGCGUCAUCCGCUUCAUCGCCCCCGACGGUCGCGUCCUACGCGGGGAGCCCAUUCUUCCCAGCCCGGACUUCGAUCUCGGCAAAACGACCGAACGGGAUGCCCUCAAAGCAAAGGUGAUCGAGGGAGAUGAUCUCUACGAUGAGUCUGGGUCCACUUACGUGAGCGACCAAGUGGUGACGGUUAAGAAGUUGCUGGGGCCGCUUACUCCCGGCGACGUACCUAUCCUGAGAUGUAUCGGAUUGAACUACCUCAAGCACAUCCGGGAGGUCCCUGGACGUGAGCCGCCACCUUUCCCAUCGAUCUUCUUCAAGCCUAAUACGACGGUGAAUGACCACGAUGCGGCGGUCAUUGUUCCCCCCAUCUGUCAAGAUGAUCAAGCCGACUAUGAGGGAGAAUUGUGUGUGGUCAUGGGAAAAGAUGCCAAGGACGUCCCCGUCGAGUCCGCACUCGAAUACGUCGCCGCCUUCACCUGUGGCAAUGACAUUUCCUCCAGAAAGCAUCAACGGGAUCCCCAGUUCGCCGGCAAGAUCCCCCAGUGGGGUUUUUCCAAGGGUUUCGAUGGUUACGCCCCCCUUGGUCCCUGCCUGGUAUCCACGCCUUUGAUCGGGGACCCAAAGGAUCUGCACUUGAGAACCAUCGUCGAUGGAGAACUGAGGCAAGAUACACUGGUCGACGACAUGUUGUUCAACUGCGCGUAUUUGAUCUCGUAUUUGAGCUCCGGCACGACUCUACAGAAGGGAAGCGUGAUCAUGACCGGUACCCCAGGAGGAGUCGGAGCCAGCUUCAACCCACCAAAGUACCUCGUGCCUGGCACGGUGAUGGAAGUGGAAAUUUCCAAGAUUGGCACGCUGAGAAACCAUGUCGAGUUUGCAUGA